AUGAUUGAAAGUAUUUCUAAAAUUGAAUCUAAGAUUAAUAAAGCAUUAAAUCUAGAUGCCAAAUUAUCUGCUAUUGUUUCUAAUAGUGCUCUAGCAUAUUCUGCUACUAUACAUGAACUUGUUUUGAAUAGUUUAACUCAAAGUUCAAAUGAUGAAUUAGAUCAACCUUUAACCAACUUAGAUAAACUUUAUCUUUCAUGA